UGGAAAUAGCAGCAACCAACCAACCAUGGCCGUCUCCUGAAAACAAUCUCUGAUAUGUAGGAAAAAACAAGAAGAAUGGAGGAAGAGGAGGGAAAGCUUGGAUCAAGCAUGUCCGCGCUGGCCAUUCUAACUUGUAGACCAAACUCACAUCCAUUCCAGGAGCGACACAUCACUGUCGAUGAGGUGAUUAAAAUCGGCAGGUCCGUGGCGCGAGCGAGGCCUGCCGCAAAUAACGCAGUCUUUGACUGUAAGGUCCUCUCCAGACACCAUGCUGUCUUGUGGUAUGAAAAUAACCAAUUCUACCUACAAGAUACCAAAAGCAGUAAUGGGACGUUUAUCAACAAUCAGAGAUUGUGUAAAGGGGGAGAGGAGUCCCCACCCAAGGAGGUCUACUCCGGGGACCUCAUACAGUUUGGAGUGGAGGUCAUGGAGAAUAACAGGAGAGGAGAAAAAAUUACACAUGGAUGUAUUAUAGCAAAUAUAACUCUUUAUCACCCAGAUGGAAGAGAAGCAAAACCCGCCCCAUUUCUAAAUACUCCAAUUCAACCCGGGAUUACUAUACAGUCUCAAGAUCUCUACCAGUUGGCUCAGUUUCUGCAGGAAGCCUUACAUCGAGAAACCAUGCUGCAGCAGAAACUGGCAAUUCUUCAGAAACUGGUGCAGAGCACUCAAGAAUCUUCAGAAGGCGGUUGGCAGGCACUCAUAGAUGAAGAUAAACUUUUGUCUCGUCUUGAAGUUCUUGAAAAUCAGCUUCAUACGUACUCAAAGAAUCAUUCAGAAGAUGCUUUGAGACAAGAAAUAGAAAGUCUCCAAAAAGACAAGUUAUCAUAUGAAACUACUGCAAAGGAAUCUUUGCGGCGUGUAUUGCAAGAGAAGAUAGAGGCUGUGACAAAGUUAACCGAUCUGGAACGUUCCCUAACGAACACAGAGAGUGAGUGUACUCACCUCAAGGAUGGCUGUGAAAAGAACCAGGAGGAAUUGCAGGAACUGGCCAAAAAGUAUCAAGACAAACUGCAGGAAAUUCAAGACUUGCAGGACAAACUGGUGGAAGCUGAGCUGAAGCAUGCUGAUGAAAUUGAAGAAUGUAACAAAGAGAAACAGGAGCUGCUGUCGAAGAUAGAUGAAAUGGUUUCAGAAGGUCGCGGAUUAUCUGCGAAGAUCGAAGCAUUACAAGCAGACAAUGAUAUAGCAAAACAGCAGUCAGCUGGAAUAAAAGCAAAAAUGGCGUCAAUGAUUAUGAAUGAAGAUGAAGAGGGUGUAUCAUUUUCAGACAUAAUUCCACUGAACUCUGGAGAAAGUGAUGAUUCAGACAUUUUGAAAGUAAAACUGAAAGAAACACAGAAGCAGAUAGAAAAGUACAAAACACAGAUCAAGGCAUCAGAAAACAAGUUAAAAGAAAGCAAUGACAGAGUGGAACAGUUACAAAAAGAGUUAGAGAUGGUGCGCAUGGAUUCUAAGAAAUAUUCUGUAAAAAUUACCUCGUUAGAAGACAGCUUAAAGCUUACCGACACACAGUUGAACCAAUUGAUGGAAAAUACACAACAUGAUUUAAAAUUGCAACUUAAGGAAUCUCGCCGCCAGUGUGAAAGCAGCAAUGACCUAAUACAUUCACUAGAAGGUCAGAUAGAGCAGCUAGAGGCUGAGCUGAACCUGUACAAGAUACCUCAGUCUGACAAGGCGGACAUGACGCUGGUCCACCACGACAACCGAGUGAGUGGCGUGUCUGCGCUGAAUGGCGUCCCGCACCACCAGACCGUGCCUUCGACAUCCAGCGACGACGACGACAGCAAGUGGAAAGCUCUUUUGGAUGAGGCCAGGGAAGCCCAGAGACGAGCAGAAUUUGAACUUAUAAAAUACAAAGGACAACUGCAGGAAUCUCAACAGACAGCCAAACAAAGUCACAAUGAAGCAGAACAACUACGCAAUAAAGUGAAACAGAUCCAAGAGGACCUGGAAAAGGAGAAACUGGAAAUGCGGAAAAAGGAUCGUAGAGAGACUCAGGGCACAAUGUCACCUACUGGAUCCGACUCUGUGAUGAGUCGGCAGUUGUCUAAGAGCAGAGAUGAGUUGGAGAAGUUGCGUGUGGAUUGUAAGAAGCACAUUGAAAAGAUUACCUCGUUAGAAGAAGAGUUAUUUGAUGCGCGUUGGAUACGUAAGAAACAUACUGAAAAGAAUUUUGAAGAGGAGUUAAAGAGAUUUCGCAAGGAAAGUAAGAAACAUGUUGAAAAGAAUACCUCUUUAAAAGAAGAGAUAGAGCAAUUGCACAGAGAGAAUAAGAAAUAUGUUAAAAAGAUUGCCUCAUUAGAAGACAAAACGAGGAAGUUUGAAGAUGCUCUGAUAUCUGAGAAAAGAGAAUCGGAAAGAAAGGACAUAUUGGCAAGAUAUUCUGUAGAAGAGUUACAUUCUGGAUGUGACAAUCCUUUGAGUGGAAAGCUGUUAAAUUGUAGAGCUGAAUUGCUGGCAUCCAAGGAUGAAUGUUCCAAAAUAAAGGAAGAGUGUUCCAAACUGAAAAAACAGAUCCAAGCCAUGGAAGCAGAGAUGAAUAUACUACGUCGUGAAAACCUUCAGCUAUCAUCGGAGUACAACAAGCUUCAGGAAUCCCACAAACAUCUAAAGGCGGAGAAGAUGCAGCUGGAGUCGAGCUCGGUGUUGACGCGGCGCAAUCUGCCCGACGCAGAUGAUGGCUUGGCCGCCACCACGUCUUCAGGCAGGCUGCUGGCUGGUGGGUCUGGAGAGGAGACCGCACGUCUCAGAGCUCGUUGUAAGGAAUACUCCGAGCAGCUGUCCAGGCUGAACACAGAGAUAGACACCAUGAGUAAUGACUAUAGGAAACUCUCAGAUAGAAGUAAAAUGCUUUCAUUCUGUUCCUGCAUACCUCUGUUGAUGUUGCUUUUCGCUGUUCUCUUGGCACUGUACCCACUUCUUGAGAGACUGACAGCCACAGGGUCAUAAUAAACCCACCAGCUGUCGGCAGUAGUGAGUACACUGAAGGCAGCCUCAAGACAGCGUAAAUACCGGUCGGCCACAACGUCAGGGGCCUAAUUCACAGAGAUCUCUUAAGCAGCAUCGCAUCGUUCACUGCAAGUCUUUUUGCACUGGUCUGCGAGAUCACAAAGUUGCCAGACUUCAGUGAAUUAGGCCCCUACAUCCCCUACGUCAUUGCAGAGUUACGGGAUACAGUUCUGAGAAGAAGGAAGAAACGUGAAGAUAUAUUGCAUAAUUCUGAAACUCUUAUUGAAUGUCACUGAAUGAUGCAGAGAUAAAAAAUAAAAUAUCCAGAUUUGUAUUUGGAAUUUCAGAUUUUACUGGCACUAAAAUCAUUCCUGUUCUGGCUCUUUGAUGGAAAGCUUGCAAUAAUUGUCCAACUUUUCAAGACUCAGUAAUGUUUGCAAGCUGGUGUUUGUUAAAAGUUGUAGGAUUAUUGUUUUAACAGUGUAAAUAUAUGAAUAUAUUUAUGCAAGUGGAACUCCACAUGGCUGUGUUAGGGUCAUUUACAUUUUUGAUGUCAGCAGUAUCUGUCAUCACAUUCUUGAAUUGGACACCUCUGCAAGGAAACGGAGUACAAUUCUGAAAUUUAUUCCAAAUAAAUCAGGACAGUUGACGAGUUUGUUUAAACACAGAAUAAUUAAGGAGUUUACAGAAGUAUGGAAUAUAUUUUAUGUACCGUGAAGAUAAAUGAAAAUGGAUCUGUGAUUCUCUCAUGGCAUGAACACAUACAAAUGCAAUGCAUAUGUUUAACUUGUGUUGGUACAUGGUUGGUGGUUGUAUGUGCACUGUCUUACAUUUUCGUUUUGCCGUCUUCCUAUACCUACAUGAACCAAGUUUCUUCUCUAGAAAUAAUUGGUGAAUUCUGUAUUUAAUGCCAGUAGUUUUCAUAUAAUAAAGAUUGCAGAAUUAACAAAGCCAUAUAUGAACUUUUAUUUCUUUUUCGUUUUGCUUUGGAAGGAUAAUUAUUUUGGGAUUUUUUUGUUGUUGAAAAAUUAAUUUCUCAACCUUUAGAUUUGUAAAACAUGUAGCAUCAAAAUGUAGUGAUUCAUCUAAUGUUAAAAAUAAUCUGAUGAACAAAUUAUAUUUAAUACGCCUUAGUAAUAUAUGAAACAUUGUUUAUGUAAUGUGUGUAUUUAAUGAAAAAUAAAUUUGCAUUUGAUGUCAAAUAUUAAGAGGUCCUUGAAACCAGCUUCAUGCUAUAAGGAAUUCAUUCUAUGUAAACAAAUUUUACUAUAGCCAUACCUGCUGACAUGUAAAAAAAACUUGCAACAUGUGGCUUUAAUGUACAUGUAUUUCUGUAAAAUCUGAUUGCUAUACAAAAAUAUAUUUUAUUGCAGUUUUUACCAUUUAUCUAGAGAUAUGAAUAAAUUCAGUCUUUAAAGUUAGAAUGGUGAAAAUCUGCAAUGGCUGAAAGGCUUAAAUUUUAUCUAAAUUUAAAUCAAUUUUUUCCACUGUGGAGUGCUAAAAGCAUUACAAUAGCUUUACUAUUUAUUUAUUCUAAAGAUCUUUGGGACCAUGAAGAUAUUUAGCCAGUAAUUUUGUAUAUAUUAGGUAUAAAUCUAUUGCACUGUAUAAAUUUGCCAAGAAUUAAGGUGAGUGAUCACUCCCACUCACCUCCACACUUUCCUGGAAAGUUUUAGGAGAGUGGCAAAUUGAUCACCUUGCAAUAAAUUUCAGGAUAGUUAUCUUCAUCACGCUUUGAUUUUGAUCAUGGCGAACACUGUUGUACAGCGACAGUUUGACAUAGAUUGUAAUGCUUGCUGGGUAUAAAGACUCUAAAUAUGAUUUCCUAUUACCACAGUGUACAGCGACAGUUUGACAUAGAUUGUAAUGCUUGCUGGGUAUAAAGACUCUAAAUAUGAUUUCCUAUUACCACAGUGUAAUAAUUCUUAUCAAGUAAGAACUUUAUUUAAGGAACUUGCUUAGCUUAGUAAAUUUAUGUUUUCUUAAGCCAAGAGUUCAUUUGAAUAUUUUCUAUGCUGAAAAAACUGUAUGAGAUACAUUUUGUAUUAAAUCAGUAGCCAUCCAGUUAGUCAACAUGCCAGAUCAUACUUAUUUAACAGGCAAAGAGACAUGGACCAAAGACCCAGACGUUAAUUAAUGUUAGGGUUCAGCAUACAGUAAAUACAUUGUCCCAUACUGAAAGUUGUUAAAAUAUAUAAGGCAUGUCCCAUUUUGUAAGUUGCAAAUGCUUUGGGCAGGGUUUCCGGUGUAUGUCUGUACUCAUGCCCAGGGCACACAUGCCCGAAUCUUAAGCAAAUAUGGGCAUGUAUAUUAUGUACUGAGUAACAUACCUUGUAAUUGGCUAACUAAAGUGAUCUGGCCUCAGUUUUACAAAACAAUCUCAGCGCUAAGAUCACCUUAAGUGCGUAGCUAACAUAUGUACUUAAGGUGAACUUAGCGCUAAGAUCGCUUCGUAAAACAGGGUCCUGGAGUUAUCUUUUCAUAAACAAACUAAUUUGUAGUUGUCUUUCCAUAGUUAACUGAUUUCAUAAUUCCCAAGAUCAUUUAUUGGUUUUAUUUGGACAGGUUCACAAAGCCUCAAAGGAAUAGUUAUUAUUAAUUUGUAAGAAACAUAAUUUUACAAAAGCGUAACAAGUCUUGCUGUCAUUAUAGCUUGUGUUUGUCACAAGUUGUUCAAGACAUGAUUAUCGUUAUACAGAAUACAUUUGUCAAUGUAACCAUUCAAGUUCUGUGUUUUUAAAGACCGACCUUGAAUAGUAAUUUCAUUUAUAAAUACAUGUACCAGAUUGUGUAGUGAUAUCGUGUUGGUUGAUUAUUCAAUGUUUGAUCAUUAAAUGUUUGAAUAUUAUUUUUAAAAAACACAUUUUGUGAAAAUAUAUACAUAGAAACCGAAAUAAAAUGAAAAUACUGCAAUUUAAAUACUGCAAUUUAUUCAAGAUACUAAAAUGUCUUGUAACAUGAUGCACUUUUUGUAAUUUAAUUUUUGUUUUUAGAAACAUGUUUAGUAAUAGAAUUUAACACCUGGUCGUCAAAAACCGUGCCUUAUUAUCAAAUAUUUAUUCAUUACCUCAGUUUAGUUAGUUUGUCAAUCCUGCUGUAUUCAAACACACCGGAUUGAGACAGAGGUAGUAUGAUAUGUACAUUUCUUCACAAGCAGGUAGAGAUAGCUUUUGUUAUAAAACUACUUAAUUGAAGGUACUACUGUCAGAAAACAUCACACCAAACUGAAAUGUUAAAUAUACUGAACUCCACAGAAAAUGCACAAGUCAGAUUUGUACUUGUAAAAAGGAUAUGAGAAGAAAUAAUAAAACAUUUAACAGAGAAAUAAAAUGUUUUACAGAGAAAUAAUAAAACAUUUAACAGAAGUAAUAAAACAUUUUAACAGAAAUAAUAAAAUGUUUAACAGAGAAA